AUGGAGACUUCGCACAAUGAGUCGGCUGCCAACGCCGGCCAACCCGCAGCUGCUCUUGGGAUGGGUCCCUCGAGCAGCAGCUCUAUAUCAACGCUGCAGCAGUCUGGAGAGUCUUCCGCUCACGCCCAAAUGAUCUCUAUGCGUCAUGAUAUGUCUAAAAGAACAAGGACCGAGUCUGUCGGUCUCAGCUAUCGCGAUGCCCAGACCGGCGAGAUGGUCCACCGUCCGCUCAAAAAGAAGGACUGGGAAACGCACAAGGAUAUCAUCAUAAAAGAGUACAUGGUCCGGAAUCAAACCCUCAACACUGUCAUCCAAACGCUCAAGACUAAGCACGGCUUCAGCGCAACGCCCAAGAUGUACAAAACUCGCUUGUCCCAGUGGGGUAUGCACAAGAACACAUCCAAGAAACCGAGAACACCCGCCGAACCAAAGGCACCAACAGAGCCCCUUGACCUUUCUCUAUUGGAGGAGAAGCAACCAAACUCACCGCCGCAGUCUGCUUCCAAGCCUGUGCAUGGGCCGAUAGUGCCGUAUUUUCAAGGGGCCAUGAGGUCGGAAGAUAUUGAGGCUUUCACAACACAGCCCAAGGACGCAUCAUCUCCCAAGCAAACGAAUCCUUUUAGGCCUGGUCAUUCUAGCUCAUCCAACAUAUCUGCAGUGAAGGCAGGGCCAGCCAUCGAGGGAACAGCCCCGGCAACAAUAGAUUAUGUACCGCCGCUGCCCAUACUCACUAUCAGUAACAAUGUCAAUGGACCCGCAAUAUACUCGCCAGCCACCGAGAGUCAAUAUUGGCAUUCACGGACGCACUCGGAGACUAUCACUUCACCUCCCGAGCACCAUAAUAUAUGGUCACCAUCCACCGAGAGAACUUUCUCGACUAACACACACCACCCUGACACGCAAUUUUACCAUAAUAAUGCGCCAUUUAAUGUAGAAGAUGCGCAAACAGCCGUGAAGCAGUACUUGCCAUCGCAAAUGAUGCCAUAUGAUAUAUACGCCCGGGCCUACUCGCCAUCGCCAACCACACUUCAUGUCUCGCAGCAGGGUCAUCAGCUGACGCGUGAUAUCAUCUACGACUGUGUCGUGAGUACAUGCAGCGGCCAAAGUCGCAUCACCAUACUUGGGGAUGGUUGGGACAAAUUAAACACUUUUCUCACCUCGGCUCGCAAGAUCCCCCACUUGAUGGCUGCGGGCGAAUUAAAGAUGGCAGGUGAGACUAUGCGGCAGACCUCGGCGCAGGUAGAGCCUCUGAUGCGAGGCAAGUAUGACGGGGGAGGUCAAUGGGGUCCCGGGCCCGGUCCGGUGGCCAUGACGGGCAUGCUGAGGAUAUUUCGGCUGUUUCAUAUGGACUUUCCUGACUUCUUCAAGGUAGUCAUGGAGCAAGCCUAUCGGCUGGCCGUGCUCUGGGUGCCGUCAGAACAUCACCCGACGCGCAGAAUUCUAGCCCACAUGAUCGAGAUUAGCGGCAAGCCCGAGGCAGACAGGUUGGCGAUCGCCGAGAUCGUAUCCGAGAGCUACAGUUGGCUGACAACCAAAAUUUUGGAGCUCGUCCCAUCACGCGAGGCUUCGUAUUUGACAUGGCUCCUCCUCCUGAUGUACCCCGAGGGCUCCGACGAUUUCAUGGCUCAUCAACACGGCCAAGGCCUGCAGAAGAUGGCUGUCAUGUGGAGCCACAGAUAUGGAGAUAAUCAUCCCCGCACGCGCGAUGCCGUGUCGGUGUACGAAAUCUACCUUUUUCGAGAGUACAAGGUCAUGAACCUCACACGCAUGAGCCCAGAGCAGCUUGCCGCAAACAUGGUCAAACUCCUGGGCUUCCACCUGCCCAGCUUGGACGAAAGGGGCGGCGAAAGGGUGUCGGAAGUGAGCAGUGGUCGGCUAGCCUUUGAUGGCUCGGAUGAUGCUGAUGAAGAAGUACACAGGGCCUCGUCGGUCGCGGAGCAAACUAUACUGGAUGCGGUUCACGAGUGCGUCAAGCUAAAGGACUUUGGGUCAGCGCUGGGCUACUACGAACUCUUGGAGCAGUGGCACGCCUUCCGCCGCGAUGUGGUGCGGGAGGCUGAGAUUAUAGCAUGGAGGCGUCAGCUGGAGAGAGACUGCGGCUGGUCUCCAGAAGGGUUUGGCUGA